ACAAAAUUGCAACAAGAUGCAAACGUAAAUAAAUUGAAAGUGUGCAUGCUGAAUGCGUUUGUAGUUUAUAAAUUUAAGUAGAGUUGCACGCACUACAUUAAAAACAGCAAUAUGAGUGACCCAGAAAAUUACGAUAACAGAGCACUUAAGCGAGCUCCAAAUCCGAAACAACGUUUGCGAUACUACACUUCCUAUGAGGAAAUUACUUUGGUUAAACUAUGGCGCGAGCAUCUGCCCAAUAUUACAUCUUACAUAGAGAAUCUGAUGGUUUAUCGUGAUAUAUCUUACGCAAUGCAACAGCAACGCAUAAAACUAAAUAAACAGGAGGUGCGGCGCCGCAUUAACAGCUACCACAAUAAAUACAUCUUAGAGCGCGGUCGCAUUGAGGCUGAUCCGCAAUAUAAAUCCACUUGGCGACUAUUUAAUCUAGUUGACAGCAUGUUCCAACCGCAGAGCACUGCAGCUCUAAGCGAAAACAAAACAAUGGAAGCCGUCGAGACUAAAGUUCGUAAGGAGCUGCCUAGCUUAACCCCAUUCUCUCGACAUGAUUGCAAGAGCUAUAGUCUCGAUCAGGACCCGGAUGAUUGCGCCUUCUUGGACAGUCAACGACUACCCAAUGAAAUUAAAUCAGAGACUGUUUGGGUUAAAGCUGAAUUCAAGUCUGAAAUGGAAAUCGAUGCGCACAUACGAGCACCUUUGGCACCAGCCAAUCGCACAUUAACAUCAGCUAGCCCAACUUUGUUUCUAGAAUUUCCCAGCAUGCGCCGGCACCGUCGACAGCAACGUAGCAUCAUGCCACGCACUGGACAGAUCACCAUGGCACAAAUUGAGCGUUUGCGUGAGGAGAACGAGGUUCUGGCCAAGAGAGUUGAAGCCGAGAAGGCUAUGUUGGAGAUUAAGGAGCGUGAGAGUUUACACUAUGAGCAGCUUUUUGACUGUUGGCUGCACCAACAGGAACAGUGGUCUAUGUUCCUGGACAAACGCGGUAUUGUAUCGAAUCCCAGCUUAAGCGCAAGACAAUCUUUUUAAUAAGGAAAUAGUAUUAGUAAUAAUGAACUAAGCAGUCAUUGAAUAUUUGUGAUCUCCGCUGCGUUUUUUUAAGUUAGAAUAUUUUGAGUUCCUUCAUCAUUAUAAGCAAAGUGAAAUCCGAAGAAGUUUAAAUUUAUAUUUCUUCAUAAUAAAGCCAAAUGAAGCAAAACCAAUG